AUGGAAUAUCAACAUUAUCAAACUACUUAUGAUAAAAACGAUGUUGAUGAUAACGAAUUCAACGUUCACGAUGAAGAUAUUCUCGAAAAAUCAAUUAACGAUAACACUGAAGAAGAUAAUCAUGAAUUAUCUAAAACCCCCGUUCCAGAAACAAUGAAUGAUGAAGAUAGCGAUAUUGAUACCAUAGAACAUUCAAAUUCACAAGUAAUGACAUAA